UUUAGCUCCACCCAUCCCGGAAGUGUUUGUUGUCGGUUAGCGGCGCUGUAAAAAGGCUGGAAAACUGGGACUGCUGCGUGAAUAAAACUCAGUUUUAGAGGAAGAAACCUCGUCGCCCGGCAGGGAGGAAGCUGAAAAUAAACCUGGGACAUAGAUAACUGCGCUGUGUGGCGGUUAUUUGUGUUAUUUUAACGGGGAAACUCUGUCAUUUUACGGUUUUGUUGUCGACUGAGAGUCGGGCUCACGCUGGCAACUGAACACUAAAACCCGUCUUCCCUCAGCUUCAAACUUCAAGACUGCAGCAUGCCGAAGGAGGCAGAGCGCUUCCAGGGCGGAGGAGGCGAUGAAUCCAAGGAUGCCUCUGAGGAGACGGUGAGGAAGAGGGUCCGGGCAAACAGUCCCAGCCCUCACACUCCACAAGACGCUGCUGUCCUUCUUGCUGCCGGGCCACGGUCGCCUGCGCUCCCAGAUCGAGGAGGUCCUGGAUCUUCCUCUAAUCCAGCAGCAGGCUGAGAACGGGGCGCUGGACAUUGGUCAGCUGUCCCAGUUCAUCGUCGGGAUGAUGGGAUCCCUGUGCGCUCCCUGCAGAGACGAGGACAUCAGCAAGCUGAAGGAGAUCACUGACAUCGUGCCUCUGCUGAA